AUAACUUCAUAACUACACUCUGAGAACAACUUUUUAAACCCAGCGAGGAUUCUCUAAAUACCCUAGAUACCCGUUACAAAUACUCUCCAACUUCGAAUACCUAAAUUCAAGUAUACAUCUAUCUUCUUCUAUGGCAACUUCAGAAGAAGAACCCCUUAUCGAUGAAAAUGCACCCUUGCAGUCAUAUUACGCCUCGCUAGAGUCACGAGUUGGUUAUCGGCUCUUUCUUGGAGGCACUCGUCAUUUUGGCUACUAUGAUCCCGACACCUUGUGGCCGUUCCCCAUCGGAAGAGCUCUUCGUAAAAUGGAGGAUCAUCUCGCGCGAUCGCUGGAUCUCUUCAAGGGCGCACGGGCGCUAGAUGCCGGCUGUGGAUAUGGUCAUGUUGCUAUUCAUAUGGCUCGCAAGCAUCAUCUGGAAGUAACAGCCAUUGAUGUUGUGGACCGACACGUGGCGCGAGCUCAGAGAAAUGUCGCAGCCGCAGGGCUUAGGGGAGCUAUCGUGGUGCAAAAAGCCGAUUACCACCACCUCGAUUCCUUCUCCGACUCCUCAUUCGAUGGGGUCUACACCAUGGAAACGUUUGUACAUGCUACAGAUCCAGCCGCCGCCCUUGCCGGGUUCUUCCGUGUCCUGAAGCCGGGAGGAUCGAUUGCUCUGUAUGAAUACGACCACGCUAAGUCCCUUGAUGCAGCCGAAGAGAUGGUCAAGAUGUUCGAUCAGGUAAACAUCCAUGCGGCGAUGCCAUCAAAUGCCCUGUUCGAACAGGGCAGGCUUCCUUCGCUUCUCGAAGACGCUGGGUUUGUGGAUGUGAAAGUUGCAGACCUCUCAGAGAAUAUCAAGCCGAUGCUCCGCCUGUUCUUUGUUGUUGCGUAUAUACCCUACCUGAUUAUUCGACUAUUCGGACUCGAGGCCUAUUUUAUCAACGCCGUUGCAGCCGUGAUGGGUUAUCGGUAUCACUACGCCCAUCGCUAUGUCGCAGUUACUGCCAAGAAACCUUUAACGGCAGAAUAUCCAACCCGGAGACGAAGGAUAUGA